ACACAAAAAUUGUGUUUGUGUGCUUUGUUGCUAUUUUUGCGUAGCUUCUUUUAAACGCGCUCGGGAAAAAACUUGACAUUUUUAUAACAGUUUAAUGCUGUUUUAAAUUCCCUUUAAAUCUGGUUUCGCAUGCCCGUUUGUUGCGUUCUUGGCAUUCCCUCAUUCUCUGACCGACUCGCGUUGGCGUUUAAUUUUGCCACUUUGAUUUCAGUUGCCCAUUGCUCGCAAUCGUUCGUGGUACGUAUUGUUGAUUCGCCUCGUCUAGCCAAGCUAGUGUACUUGCGUGUGUGUGUGUCAGUGGGUUCAAUCAACCCACUCUGCCAGCGACAGGCCCCCGCUCAAUAAAAUGAAAAGUAUGUAAAAAUUCUGCAAACAAAAAGGAGCUAAGAAAGCACGCGCGCUUUAUGCAAUUCUGACGUGUUUAAGCAAAAAAGUUUUAAAAAUUGUUGUUUGAUUUGUGCAAAAACAAAUACGUAACAGCGACAGCGGCGUUGCUGCUGUUUGUGUGUUUAUGUGAGCAUAGCAGCUGAAAGUGUGGACGUGAGCGUGCCAAAGAUAGAGAGACAGAGAGACGACACAGGCACAGAGAGCGUACGAGUGAUAACUGACUGCAUUGCCCGCUCUCUGUGCUCUGUGAGGAACUUGUUGCUGUUGUCGCGACUCGCGACCGUUACAGACAGAAGCCGUAGUUGAGCUCAAGUGACAACGUCUCACUGAGAACGGCAAAACAAAGCAAAACAAAAGUAAUAUUCCGUUUUUGAUUGAUAUAAAUGAAUAUGCAUCGGCAGUAGCCACAAAUGGAAAAAUCACUUUAAUGUGCAAGUGUUCGCCGUUCGACUUUAAUUGGCGGGUAACAACAAACACACACAUACACACAAACAAUGAAUAUCAAAACAACUGUAGCGAUAACUAAUAUGCAACCGUAAACCGCUCAAGCAAGUGCAUUAGUAAUAAGAAAUUUAAUAAAAUCGAAAAGAAGCCAAAACCAAAGCAAAACAAAGAAGUUAGAAGAAGACGAAGAGGUGUAGAAGCGUGUAAAAUACAAUUUGAGUGCCAAACAUCAGCUUUUAGUUAUAAAGACGUACCAUGAAAAAAGUACAAUUAUAAGGAAAUCAACAAGUGUGUUACGUUCGUUCAUACGUACAUACAUACAUACAUAUAUGGUCGUCUGUUCGUCAUUUCGUCUGGUUUGCUUCGCUUUCAUUCAUGCGGUCAACUAGAGUCAACAGCCAUAACAGCAGCAAAUGUGAAGACUGAUAAAAAGCAAAAGCAACAGCAAAAACAAAAGUAACUGCAGCAGCUACAACUACAACAACAACGUCCAACUGACCAGAGAGCUUUUAUAUUGCUAAGCAUGACUCUUAUGUGAUUGUAAACGGUGUAUGAUAAGAACGUUCACUCGUUUAUUAUGAAGCACCCACAAGAUCUGACAACAACCGAUGAACGGCAGCUAAUGGAGAUUAAUAAAGUUGAGCAAAUGGAACACGAGUUAAAUGAGCAAGAAUCGGCUGAAAGUCACAUUAUGCAUGCGGAGGCUCUGCCCGUAGGACAUUCGGCCGGAUCGCCAAUUGGCCAUGCACUGAGUCCCAAUGGUGUUGGCCUUGGCCUGAGCAAUAGCAGCAACCAGAGCAGCGAGAAUUUUACACUCUGCAAUGGCAAUAGCAAUCCCAGCAAUAGCAACAACAACAACAGCGGCAACAAUAACAAUAAUAUGUACUCACCCAACAAUAACAAUAUCAACAAUAGCGGAAGUGGCAGCAAUAACCAACAACAACAGCAACAACAGCAGCAACAACAACAACAGCAGCAGCAGCAACAACAACAACAACAAUCACCGACAGUUUGCGCCAUUUGUGGAGAUCGGGCAACAGGUAAACAUUAUGGAGCCUCCAGCUGCGAUGGCUGCAAAGGAUUCUUCAGACGCAGUGUGCGAAAGAAUCAUCAGUAUACCUGCAGAUUCUCGCGAAACUGUGUCGUGGACAAGGAUAAGCGCAAUCAGUGUCGCUAUUGUCGCCUGCGCAAGUGCUUCAAGGCGGGCAUGAAGAAGGAGGCGGUGCAGAAUGAACGGGAUCGCAUUAGUUGCCGUCGCACAUCCAACGAUGAUCCCGAUCCGGGCAAUGGACUCUCAGUGAUAUCCCUGGUCAAGGCAGAGAACGAGUCGAGGCAAUCAAAGGCCGGCGCCGCCAUGGAACCCAACAUCAAUGAGGAUCUCUCCACCAAACAAUUUGCCAGUAUCAAUGAUGUGUGCGAGUCCAUGAAACAGCAGCUGCUCACCCUCGUCGAGUGGGCCAAACAGAUCCCGGCCUUCAAUGAACUGCAGCUAGACGAUCAGGUGGCUCUCCUACGUGCCCAUGCGGGUGAGCAUCUGCUCCUGGGUCUGUCGCGUCGCUCGAUGCACCUCAAGGAUGUGCUGCUGCUCAGCAAUAACUGUGUCAUCACCAGACAUUGUCCAGAUCCACAUGUAUCGCCCAAUCUGGAUAUAUCACGAAUUGGGGCACGUAUCAUUGAUGAACUCGUAGUUGUUAUGAAGGAUGUUGGCAUUGAUGAUACCGAAUUUGCCUGCAUUAAGGCGCUUGUUUUCUUUGAUCCCAAUGCCAAAGGUCUAAAUGAGCCGCAUCGCAUCAAAUCGCUGCGUCAUCAGAUACUCAAUAAUCUGGAGGAUUACAUAUCGGAUCGUCAGUACGAGUCGCGUGGUCGUUUUGGCGAAAUUCUGUUGAUUUUGCCGGUGCUGCAAUCGAUCACCUGGCAGAUGAUUGAACAAAUACAAUUUGCCAAGAUCUUUGGCGUUGCACAUAUCGACUCGUUGCUGCAGGAGAUGCUGCUGGGUGGUGAACUGGCGGACAACUCCUUGCCACUGUCGCCACCGAAUCAGUCAAAUGAUUACCAGAGUCCCACACAUCCCGGCCAUAUGGAUGCUGCCCAGGUGAGCUCAACGCUUGAAACUCUGGCAACAGCAACGACAGGUUCACAUGGCCUGGAUCUGGAUGUGCAGCACAUACAAGCGCUCAUUGAGGCCAACAAUGCGGAAGACACAUUCCGCGCCUAUGCGGCCAGCAAUUCAGCAACGAUUUCCUCCUCCACAGCUGGGGGAGGAGUACCGCCAACGGCUGCAGUGACGCCGCCUUUAAGCAUUGCUGCCUGCAGUCCCAAGUCACAGGAGAGCGUCUACAUGGACGUGGUGGCAGCGGCCAGUCGGCAAUAUAAUGUCCAGCACAAGAGUCAAUUAAUGCACAGUCCACAGCGUGUGCAUCCCUACCAAAGAGUGCCGACGUCGCCGGUUGAUGCCGGUCUGGGCAUGCGCAAUCCUGCGGACAUAACACUCAACGAAUACAAUCGCAGUGAAGGCAGCAGUGCUGAUGAGAUGCUCCGUCGUACGCCGCUCAAGAUACGUGCUCCAGAGCUGCUAACACCGAGCUAUAAGAUGGAACCAUGUCGAAUGACACUCAAACAGGAGCCCGAAACGGGCUAUUAACUGGUGCAAUAAGCUUAGCUACCAUAAACUACUCCUUCCCCACCCCCACCUUACCCAUCAAUCCUUUUAACGUUUCCCCUAUCCAUCCAAAAGAUAUACCAGAUAUACAGGCCCCUUCUUGCUAACUGCUAAGUGCCUAAAUACAAAGCUUACUUAAUUGUUAUUGCCUUGAAAAUUUUGAUAACUUUUUAUUAGUCAUUAAGUAGGUAUUUUGGAAAUUGUUGCUUAAUUUGUAAACACGCAAUUGCAAUCUAUUUUUUUGUAUUCUAUUAUAUGAAAUGAAGUUAAAAGAUACAUAUGUAUGAAGUCAAAUGAUUUGCUCAAAACAUUAAUAAUAUAAGUACGUUGCACGUACUGUCAGUUUGUUGGUUAUCUAUAUUAUAAUAUAUACUAUAAAUACUUGCAUAUACACGCAUAUACUAUAUUUAAGAUAUGUGCAUAUAAAUAUACAAACAUUUUUAUGUGAACUGUAUAUGCAAUACUUUGUUUUAGGUUAGGGUGUUGUUUAGUAGUGUAAAAUCUAUUAUAUGAGUAUAUUUAAUGCUUAGCUGAUGAAUAAUGAACAACUAUU